GACUUUAAUCUUUGUCCCUUCAUUGUGGAUCAAUGGUGAAAUGAGGGAAAUCCCUGGUUCUGCUAUUGGCCAGAUCUUGUUCCACCUCUCUUAAAGUUCCCAUAAAUACAACAAAGAGGAAAUCUGAGGAAGUGUCCAACAUCCAACUCAGAGAAGAUGAGACAGCUACUGGUUUUUCUGGCCUUGCUCUGCGCUGGUCAUGCUACACAAGAAGGUGAGAACAUAACUUUUUAAAUUAUUGAUCGAGAGGACUUGUUUGAAAUUAUUUGGCUAACAGGGAUGGGAGUACAUUAGCAAUAGAAAAUAAAUGAUGAUAAAAAGUAAUUUUCCCUUUUCUGGCUUAUUGAUCAAAUUUUCGAAGACUUACAUGAAAGAAUAACACAACCAUGUCUCUCUUAGUUUUAGGUUUUAGUUCAGGCUAGUCUAAAAGACAGAGUUCAUCCUUGAAAGACCCCUAGAAACUGCUCAAAAAACAUUUUUUCAUUAGUUUUUUUCACCUAAAUUUGUGACCUUCUGAUUACAAAAUUUAGAAUCUUCUAUUUGCUUUUUUAAGUUUUAGAAACCCAGAUAUUUGUACUGAAUUCCAUGUUUUUUCAGUAAAUGUGCCAGUAGGGAUUGGAGGCCACUUUUGAAAACUAUGAGGGGGCACAAUAGGGUCAAUUUGGGAUGCUCCUGUCCAAAACCUAUGAAUAAUCGAAAAUUUAAAAGACUUGAUGCACAUAAAUUUGUUUGUGAGUUUUUGAGCAUGUUAAAGCUCUCAGGAAAACCAAACUAACUACACAAAUAAGAAAACAAGUACAGAGUUAUAAUACUUCGAAAUGGUAUAGCAAGACUACACAUCUCCUGUACUUUUAAACCAAGAUUUGAGUAGAUUAUAUCAAUCACUUAAGGAGUUAAUCCUUGAAAAACCCCAAGAGAUAGCCUUUAAAACACCCCUUUUACCUGCUUUUUUUUGGAAUAUGAUGAAAUGUUUAGACUUAAACAUAAAUUCAAAGGAUUUUUAGUUUACGUUUCUGUAACUGUCUUUGAGGACUAUACUUUUACAAACUGCUUGGGGGCACUAUUGAGUCCAGAACCCAUAAACUGUUCAAUAAUUGCCAGGUUUGAUGCGCAUUUAAAGUUUAGCAAGUUACUGAACAUGUGAUGGUCCUCAAGAACUCAAACAAAUUCUAAAUAAAGAUGAAAAAAAAAACAAGAAAAAGCAGAGCUGUAACACUUUAAAAUUAUUUGGGAAGACUUCACAUCUCGUAUCGCCUCAGACCAAAACUUAAGUAGAUCAGCUCAAUUCAUCCCAGGACAAAUUAAAUCUGAGGAAGAUUCUUGGUAAUGGCCAAAAACAAAAAUUUUUUUUUUUACAAGGUUUUUCUAGGAGACGUCAAGGUAUGUCUUUAAUUAUUACAACAGACAAAUAAAACGCUGUCUCUUGGAUUACCUUUCCCCUGAAGAGUGUUAAGUUAAGCAUGUAGAGAGGGUGAGAUGAGCCACAAGGGGAUAAAUCGCUUCUCUCUUCGUUUAGUAAAAGUGACCUUUCUUUUUGUUUUUUUUAUUUUUUGUUUUUUUACCUUGAACACUGCUGUACCAAAGCAAGAAAAACCCAGCAUGUCUCUGGGGCUUUAUUUAAAGAUAAAAGGUUUCAACUUCAAAUGCAGGUUUUUUUUUUAAUCAGGUUUAUUUCCAAACUAGAAUCAAAUCAAGCUCAAACAACUAAUGCCAUUUUGAAUAAAAUACAAGAAAGAAAGAAAAUUGGAUCAAUUUUCCUUGCUUUAGCCGCUGGUGGUUGUGGUGAAUGUCCACGUUGAACUGGGAUAAAUAUAAAAACAGGUGUGCACAGGUUUUCCUUAGCUAAGCCAUUGACUCAACUUGCCUUUGGGCCCAAAUGAUCCCAUCCCAGACAUUUGUCAAAUUUGUGUCAUUGUUUUGGAGUGAACUGUUUGGUACCUUUCUUUUAAGACCAGCGUCAGAUUGCCCUGGUAUCAUAACCAUCCUUAUGUGUCUUUUCUCACUGUGGUUUGCAGAUCUUUCAGAGAAGGUUUUCAUUUUCCCCGUCCAAAGUGCAACAUCUGCUGUUAAGCUCGUUCCCUAUGGCCAGGGGCCGUUCAGCAGCUUAACCAUGUGCAUGAGGUUUUUGUCCUCCACUACCCGAGCCCAGAGUCUGUUCUCCUUUGCAAUCCAGUCUCAGCACAAUGCCUUCCUGCUCUACAAGCCCUCUGUUGGUACAUAUAGGAUGCAUGUCAAUGGAGUGGCUCUUGACAUCACAGGGCUUCCUGAUAAAACUGAUGAAUGGAACUCUGUCUGCUGGACGUGGGACUCCACUAAUGGUCUGACGGCUUUGUGGAUCAACGGGGAGCGUAGCACUCGUCGAGUCCUGGGAACCAAGGUGUCCCUCGAGGGUUCUCCCAGUAUCAUUUUGGGUCAAGAACAAGACAGUUAUGGUGGAGGCUUCGAUCAGAGCCAGUCCUUUGUUGGGGAGAUCACAGAUGUCCACCUGUGGAACAGCGUCAUCUCCCCCUGUGAAAUCAGGGCCUUUAUGGAUGGCAGCACCUUCACUUCUGGAAACCUUCUUAACUGGAACAACAUGCAGUACACCAUCACCGGCCCUGUGUAUGUGGAGCCCAGUGACUUUGAUAAACUCACCUGCUUAUAGACUCGAUAACCAGCAGCAGAUUUUUAUAACCAGGUCAUUGGAAAUGUUAAACACCUGUUGUUGUUUUUUUUUUUUUUUUUUAAAUAAAAGCUGCCUGUAACUUUGGCCUUGGUGUCUCUUCUUGUAAUUACUCUUUUAGAAAAAGUUAUAUCAGCUACAUAGUCAUACAUGAUCGUGUAUAUACUCUUUUUUACUUCUUAAAGUUGACUUCUUGACUGUAUUAAAAUAGACCUAGAGUGAGCAUCUGGUUGGCCUAGCUUAGCAGAAAUACUUGAAACAGCCAGCUGGGCUUCUUCAAAAGUGCAAAAAUACAUUCACCAGCUGGUCUCAAGUUCCCAAUCAUCAUGUUGGGAACAACCAUCGAAAAUUUGUUUCUAUCAACUUUUAACACAAAAUUUUGGCAUUAAGGUUGUAUACAGUAUGAAUAAAAAGAGCAUGAGGGAGGAAUGACCCAGAGACAUACAAUAGAUUUAUCAUACAAAGAGAAAGACUAUUUUUGUGAGAAUCUUGAUGUUUACAUCUUACAGCUCAUGAAAAUCAUAAAUCCAUUCUCUAUCCAAACACCAAAGGACGGAUUUAUCGAACUGAAAUGCUAACCUUCUGGAAAACAAUAUUAAUUCAUGCUCUCAGUUCUCGGUCGAGGUUUCUUCUGCAUGAAUUCCUGCCCCAGUAUGACAUGUCAUGGAGGUGAUCAGUCUGUGUCUCUGCAUUUAUCCUACUAACCCAUUAAAACCAGAACAGCAUGUACGCAUUUAAAUCUUCCAAUCCGGGAGGCAAUUUUUUUGUUGUAGGCCAUUAGGGGAAAGUCCCGCCUUCUUCACCUCUGAUUGGCUAGAAAAGCUGGAAACGUCAUCACACACUUGAGUCAAUCGCGGGCUGUCGGCUCUGUACAUCGAACAGAACAUUACAGAACAUUAUCGCACUUCUAGAUCUCCUAACCCUCAUCCUAACCCUAACCCUAACCCUAACCCGACAGAAGAUGACGUUUCACAGCCAUUAGGAAUAACCAACCGGAGCCAGUUUUUGGAGCUGUUUCUAUGGCUGUGGUAGAUGAGUAUCCUGAACUAGUGGAUAGAACAGAACACAUGGCUGUCACUUUGAUGUCAACAAUAAUGUUUGAGUAAUCAAUGGAUAGAACAGAGGUCUUAGUGCACUGUAGUCAGUUCAGGACUGGUCAGAGUGUUUAUACCUGAAGACAGGAAGCAUCUCAGUCUGAGCUUUUACAAACUUCAGCUAAAGAAAUGAUGAAAUAGCCGCAGAGGACAAAUGACUUUCUUAAAAUACCAACUGGUAGGACUCAACACAGUGUCUGAAAAUGAUGCUGAAUGUUUGUGUACCUGUACCAAAGAGUCUGCAAGACAGCCAGCCCACAGCAAGACAGGUAUGCACAGAAACACUUCAAGUCAACGUGUGAUUUUCUUUCUUUCUUUCUUUCUUUUCUUCCACUUUCAGAGAUCUGUAAUAUCAUGGCUUGUCAAAUAUUUAAUCCUGACUCAAUCACACCUGUUUAGACGGGCAUAUUUAUGUUGAAUCUGUCUGUAUGUUCUUAAAAAUGUGUUUUGAUUUAAUGAUACUAUAGUUACAUUUAUAUAUGUAAAUAUAUUUUUUGCAUUGCUGCUUGCUUUUAAUUUGCUUUGUAUGGUGACCUUGAUUUUUUUUUAAAUGCGCAUAAAAAAAGUGUAAUAUUUUCAGUAUUAAUAUUUAUGCUGGUAGACACUGGUAAUCUGACCAAACUCGGGACAAUGCCUUGGCUGAAAUUUCACAAAGUCUAAAUUUUGUUUUUAUCCAUACUUCACAGUUUUCUGAUCUUCUGUGUAGUGUAUUUUAUAUUCAUUUGUCUUAUUUAACAUUUAUGGUAUAUUUCUUUUAAUGCUCUGAACAUGAACAGAGUUUUGUUAUCAGCUCUGUGAAGCUCUUUUAAGCACUCUCUGUAUGAAUUAUGAAUUAUAAAUAUAUUAAGGGCUGUGUUUUAUUAUAUUAAGUAUAUUAAGUGUUGUGUUA